AUGUCGAAGAUGAAAAAUGAGAGCUUUGAUCUACAUGAAGAUGUUAUAGUGAAGAUUCUGUGCCGGUUGCCGGUCAAGUCCUUGAUCCGGUUCACUUGUGUGUCGAAACGGUGGCGUUCUAUUAUCAUUUCUGAUCCUCAAUUUGGCAAGUCUCACCUUCAAGUAGCAUCACAGCAGGGAACCCUCUGUCCAAAAGUCCUCAUCUCCAUCUACCCUACAAUUAAACCCAUACAAGGUCAAAUUCCCUAUCCUUUUAAAGAUGACACGCCUUGGUUACCCUCUCGAUUUCAAUCCUUAGAAGGUUAUUCUUCAGUCAAUAAUCUCACCUUCCCAUUGGAGGAGAAGAGCCAACGAGUAAUGGCCUCGUGCAAUGGUUUGAUACUUCUAGGUGAAUACUAUAAAAGUUACUUUAAGAACUUGUCUAUCUGGAAUCCAUCAACUGGAUUUUUUCGCAAAAUACCUAGUCCAAGUUUUGGGUGUGAGGUGACAAAAUCAACAGAAAAGAAAAAGCAUGGAAGCUUUUUAUAUUAUGGUUUUGGUAAAGUGUCAGCCACUGACGACUACAAGCUUGUUUUGAUAAAACCCGCCCUUGGUGAUUUUGUGGAUGUUCAUGUCUUCUCACUCAGAGUCAGCCUUUGGAAAGUUAUUGAAGCUCCUUCCUCUUCAUGCAGUGGCUGGAUUGACGGACAGGGGAGUCUUUCAAAUGGAGCGAUUCAUUGGAUCAACUAUCCCAUAUAUGGGGUAUCAGACCCAACUAUGGUUGCUUUUGAUUUGGCAGAGGAGGAGUUUAGGCAAGUGCCAUUGCCUGUUUUCAACCAAAAUGAAGAUGGCGUGCAUUUGAGACAGAUAAGAAUUCAGGUUCUUUUAGGAGGAGGUCUUUGUGUAUGGUCUCAGGAUCUUUAUGAGCAUAGUGAAUUUUGGGUGAUGAGAGAGUAUGGUGUGCCUGAAUCUUGGGUUAAGCUCAUUCAAUUUAGUCGAGAUGAUUUACCAGAUGAGUUCACUUUAUGGAGUAGCUGGGAUCCUACUUUUGUUUCAGAAGGUGGUACAAUGUUGAUCAAACUGCUUGACAAGAAGGAGUUGGUCUGGAUUGAAUGCCUUCAAGAAGAGAAUCCGGUGUGCAGUGCCCAAUAUAGAAUUGAAGAGUUUCCUGGGGCGAUAUUUGACGCGACUCUAUAUGAUGAAACUUUAGUUUCACUACCUGAAGGAUUAUGA